ACCACCACCACCAAACUCCCCGUCACAGUCGACAAACCCACCCCCUACACCUUCGACCUCGGCCUCCUCCUCGCCAACGACCCCAACCCCCUCCUCCUCGACCGCUCCACUCCACUCGAACCCCAACUCGCCACCAUCGCCCGCGACGGAUGCCAAUCCCUCAUCAACCAACUCCUCACGGCCUGCCCCAUCAGUUCCACCCCCGCCGGCGUCUUACUGUCCCUCCCGCCUCCUCAAACCCCUCUCCCGCGCGAGAAACCCGUGCCGACGCCCAAGGCCGAAACGAAAUGGAGCCAGUUCGCCAAGCGCCGCGGCAUCAAGCCCAAGACGCGCGAGCAGCGACGCAACCUGCAGUAUGACGAGACGACCGGAGAAUGGGGCCGCAAGUGGGGAUACAAGGGCGCCAACAAGGCGGGUGAGGAUGCGCCGAUUAUUGAGGUCAAGAAGAGCCAGGAGGAGAAGCGGAUGGCGGAGGGGAAGAGUGUGAGGGGGGAUAAGAGACGGGAGAUUAGAGAGCGGGUGAAGAGGAAUGAGAGGAAGAUGAGGGCGAAUGAGCGGAGGGAGAGUGGGAGGAAG